AAUUUAUGUGAAACAUUUUCGAAAUAAGUUCGGCAGUGUUUAGGUUUCGACUAACUUCGUUUCGAAUCAGUGUUAAGUGUAUUGUUAGUUUAUAUAUAAUUAUGUGCUAAUGAACUACAUUAAAGUCAAAUUUUAUCAUUAAAUGCGAUAAAGAACGGGAAUGAAGUUACAUAUAUAAAGGUCAUGGUGAAAAAAUCAUCAAUGGCAGUGGCUAAAAGAUUCAAGGGUUUUUUCUGUAUACAACCGACACUAGACUACAGGGACGUGCACAUGCUGUAUAGAGAACCAGGGAUUUUGACUGGGUACCGGCCAGCAAGGAAAUCUUUCGUGUAUUAUAUAGCCAGUAUAUUCCAACUUCAUAAUGAGACCGUUAACAUCUGGACACAUUCAGUAGCUUGUUUUAUAUUUCUAUAUAAACUACAUCAUAUAUUACAAUCAUCAAAUUUUGACACGGACUGUGAAGCUCUACCAUUGGUUGGUUUCAGCGUUUGCGUUAUAAUAAGUACAUUUCUAAGUGCGUUAACACAUACAUUCCUUUCAAAGUCUCCAUUAUGUCAUUAUAUGUGCUUAUUGAUGGACUAUGCUGGCGUGGGAAUAUAUGGACUAGGGAAGUGUAUAUUAUUUUUCAACAUUUCCAGCCCACCUGAUGUUUUUCGGAACAUGAAUUGGAUUUAUCUCCCUUAUAAUGUAGUUUUGUCGUGGGUAGUGAUGUGUGGAUGCUGUAUCGCCAAACUAUUUUACAGACGACCUUAUCCGUUUAAACGAAAGUUUUUCCAGCUUGGCUCCGGAGGUCUGCAUGCAUUACUUGGUGGGAUACCCAUGGCAUUACGAUUUGUAUAUUGUUUUGUUGAUGACGACUGCGAGAUUGCCUCUUUAAAUCAUCAUGUAUUAUGGAUGAUAACUAUGAUUGUGUCACUUUUCUUUUUCUCAAGUAAUCUUCCUGAAAAGAAAUUUCCUGGAAAGUUUGAUUAUUUUGGUCAAGGACAUAGUAUAUUCCAUGUUAUAAUAUCUUACACGAUAUUGUUACAGUACCGUGCCGCCUAUAUAGAUAUGGAGAAUGGUGACGGUACAAGGUGGAAAUGUCAUCCUGUACGUGCUGUCACACUCUUUAUAUCAAUACUCGUGUACUGUAUAGGUUGUGUUGUAAUUAUAUUUAUUUUGAGGAAAUAUGUAACAAAACGAAUAGAAAGUGAUGAAAAGCAACAACAUUAAAUACGAUUUUGUACAAUUUUAAAACACCUUUUCUGUAUUCAAGCAGUCAAUUAUAAUUACAGAGGUAUUAAUGUUACAAAUGAUGUCACCAUGAGUUGUGAAACGCAAUAAGAAAUAAAAAGCCCCAGAACAGACAAAAACAAAGAACGCUACCUAUAAAUAUAUAUGUAUUUGAUAGAAUAUUAGAAUAUUUUAUUAAAGAGUACAGUUUAAAUAAAUACAUAAUUUUUGGAUUGACAACUGGCUAUUUAAAUACAGUGUUUUUCAAAUUUUCCUUGAAAUAAGAUAUAAAAACAACAACAACAACAACACAGUGCAUCAGAAUGUAUAUUAUGUAUUUGAAGACAUUUAAUGUAACAAUGAUCAAAAUGAAAAGCGAUUCGACAGCUUGGAAGCUGCUGUAAAUAUCAAUAUAACUAGAAAUUGUACAACAUACAACAGUUUGUCUGAUUAAAACAUGCUAUUUUAUGUAAUAUUUAGAUAUGUACAGACACAAAUAUGCAUUUUUAUUGUUUCAUACUAUGCACCAUUGACUGUGAAAAUGGGAGUUUUGGAAUUGAUAAACGGUACAGUGUGACAAAAUAUGCAUUAUUUGCGUUAUUUUCACCUUAAAUAAUUUGUGUUGAUGAUAAUUUAAACAUCAUAGUUACAGUAAAUAAACGGAUGUUAUUUAUAUUAAUAUUUAAUGAUUAGUUAUUGUUUCAAAUUACCGUUCAAUUUGAAUCGAUCAUAUUUUAUUUGCAUACGACAAAUGGCGCCAUCUCCUUUGUUACUACAACAGAAACGUAUCAGUUAACAAAGAACUAAGUUAUUGACGAUGGUUUUUUCAUUUGUUUGUUUGUUUGGUUUUGUUUUAUUCCUGUAGUAUCUUUUGAUGGGAGGAUUCAAUUACUGUCAUUAGAUAUAGUUCAUAUAUAUUUGGAACUUCUAAUCAAUA